AUGAGCUUGAUGAUAUUAGACCUAGCUGAAAAACAAGCAAGAGAUAGCAAGGCAAUGCAACAGAUGCAAGAGGAAAUAAGGUAGGUUAAGCAAUAAUGAGAAUCAAUGCAACGUAUGCUGGAAGAUAUGGGCAGGAUGCAGGCUGCUCUAUUGCAGCAAUUCACUGCUUUUACUUCAUAUGGGAUGUGCCCCCUUAGUGCUAACCCAUCAUUGACUUAUGCUGGGCAAGCAUUUCCUGUAGUAGGGUCAUCAUAUCCUACCACUGGCCCAUCUUUUCUACAUGCAAUGCUAAUGCAACUCCCAAUAGAACCUGCAUUCCCCAUGGGUCAAAUGGGGGGACAAUCAGAAGCUCCCGAUACAUCCCUGGUAAAUGCCCUGCUAGAUGAUUAUGGUUACCUGUCGAGAUUUGAUACAGAUUACCAAGGUCCAUUUGGGCCCGAAUGAUGAGUGUGCAUAUUCCUGCAAUUUGAUCGAAACACUUUCAGUUUUCAGAUGGAUGAUUUUAAUUUGCUAUGACAUGGGUGGUGCAUAUGCAAGUUGGGAUUGAAUGGUUUGUAGUAAUAUUAAUUGAAUUGCUGUGAGUUGCAAGUUUAGAAUAUGCAAAUGGUCAUAUUAAAUGCUACAUGUGGUA